CUACUAGAAUACACACACACAGACACACACACACAUAUUAAAUAUGCGAGGUGGCACAAGCGACGAGAUGCAUGCCUGGGGGCAUAAGAAGGAGUUGGACAUUGUCUACACCACCGACUGGGAUGAUCGGGGCACAAGGCAACGGUUUAUUUCGAAAGUUUGCAUGAUCCUCAGCAUUCAACUGCUGUUCACGGUUGCCUGCGUAAGCUUUUUCUUGUUUUACAAGCCUGCUGGGGAUUGGGUGCGAGGACAAUGGAUAAUGGCAAUUUGCUGCAGUUGCGUCACUAUGAUGCUCAUGUUUAUAUUUUGCUGCUGCUCUCAAUAUGCGCGCACAGUUCCAUGGAAUUAUAUAAUAUUAAUUAUAUUUACGGUAUGUGAAAUGCUACUGCUAAGCUUUAUCACCUCCUGGUACAAAACAAAAUGGGUUUUUAUAGCCAUGGGUGCCACUUGCGGCGUUGUCAUUUUUCUUGGGGCAUUCGCACUCUUUGUGCCCUACGACUUUACGCGCUGGGGCACGUAUUUAUUUGGAGCCGGUGUUGCACUUAUGAUCAUGGGAAUAUUUUAUGCUAUUUUUGGCUUGCAUGAUAAAAUUUUUGGCUGGAUUAUUGCGAGUUUUGGACUUACGUUAGCGUCACUUUAUCUCGUAUUCGACAUACAAUUGAUGACGGGCAAACAUAAAAAUGCAUAUGACGAGAGCGAUUAUGUUUUUGCUGCCAUUUCCAUCUAUGUGGACAUUAUCAAUAUAUUUUACUAUAUUCUAAUGAUGCUGGGCCUAGCAAACUGAAAGGGUAGUAAAUAGUUGUUUUAAAUAAUUCCAGACUUUUAUUAAUUUCAUUUUGGUUCAGUUAGUGUACUUGGCAUAUAAUUUUUCGCACUAACUAUACUCGAAAAGUGUAUUGUAUAAAAUUAUAUC